CUACCCGAGCUGCAUGCAGCAGCCGGCGAAAACAUAUCGAUCGGCAAAGCUUCAGACCAAUUUGACACAGGCAGUCAUUUUGCACACUGUUUACCUGCACUUAGACUAAUUCAGCGGUCAUUUAUUCAUCAACCCAGUAAGCUAUGAUAAGGCUUCAGUUGUACGUCGUGGCAGAUGAAAGUUGACAGCGACACACAUAGAAGAAAUCGUCUAGAAGUGGGGGGUGUGAGAGAGGAAGUAUUAAGGGAUUCAGUGACCUUGGUUUAUAAAGAUCAGACAGCCAAGGAGUGCAUCUGAUUCUUGAAUCGACCGUGGAAAUUGGUUUAGCUGACCACCAGAGCUGAGAGCCGUUUUGCACGGGAACACGACCUCGAGACUGACCGUGAACCCACCCCACCCCACCACCACCACCUCGCCCCACAAGAGACUAUUAAGACACCUUCGUGGACUUGCCCCCCUUUCUCUUUGGACAAUGUCCGAGGAAGAGGAGUUAAAUCUAUUGGAGGAUGUCACCAAAGACCUGACCCUCGAGGAGGUCCACUGGAUGACAGCUUUCUGCCACUUCCCUCGAGAGGUAUCGGCACAAGUAGAAGAUGGCCGGACCCUGGUGGAGAAUGUUAAAUCUUCCUAUGGACACAAAAAGCUUCUGGAAAAUAUGGAGAUACUGUUGUCGUCCGUGGAAGAGAAAGCAUCUGCCGCUCGCUUGACGGAGUUUCGUCGAAAACAUCGGAACGUGUCUGACCAGCCUCGUUUCAUGACCACAUUCCGCAUGCGCGGUAACCUGAUGAACUUCCUGGACAGACGUGAACACCUGGAGAGGGCGCUGCGGUUCAUGUUCUGUCUUCACGAGGAUGACUUCCUCUGGGAGCAGAUAGAGUAUGGUUCCUUAUUACUCAGGUAUUCUAUCCCCAUGAGCUCUUUAUCUACUUUCCGCCAGAUCGUGGAUAAUAAUAAAUUGAUGAACGUGCACGGUGUGUUCAUAACGGAAAUACGAAUCCGGCUGAAAGAUUCCGAGAAAGUUGUCUAUCCGCAGAAAGUUUCUGGAUGGCUUCAUGUGAGACCAAUCGACCUCUAUUACUCAAAGACAGUGAAUCUCCACGAAACUCUUCUAUAUCGGUAUUUAUCUUUGACGGGACGCGACGUCCAUUUGAUUGACAGCAGCAACAUGCUGUCCACCGUCAGCGUGGAGGAAUUGACCAGAGUUAGAAUUAACUGCCAUACGGAAAGUGCCAAGUGCAUCCCGGUGCAAGGCGACACAGUAGUCCACGUGGUGUUCGAUAAAGAGAUGGAGGAGAAACUGAACGACCACAGCCUCGUUUUCCUGCUGCCCAAGAACGCGGACGCUUUCCUUGACACUGUCGUCAGGUUGUCGCAGCGAUCCUUGAGUUUCAAGGCCGUGCGGGAUAUUUCUGGGACCCAAACACCUAUUACGGAAAUUGAUAUUGCUACGGGAGAGAUCGACGAAGUUGACCACUUCCAACUCCUAAUGCAGGCCAUAAACCAAAGUGAACGACGGCCACCGGACGUACGGCGCACUGCGCUGCUGAUAGGGCCGACUUAUCCCUUCCUUCCGGUGAACAAGCAGCUGCCUGGAGUAGAGAAUGACAUCAAUACUAUCAGAGAGAUCAUACAGCAGCCCCCGUUCAACUUUAGAAAGAUUCAUAUAUUAGAGAAGCAUGCAGCCACCAAAGAAAAUAUCCUUCAGUCGAUGCACGAUAUAGUGCAGAAUAUUCAGCCACGUAGCGUGUUUUUCCUCUUCUACGCUGGACACGGGAUGCAAGUAGAGGGCGAGUGGGAUGAGGGCUUGGUUACGGCGGAUGUUCCCACAGUGGAUGGUCUUCAAAACUCCCCGGAGAAAUUCGUCAUCACUGGGGACGACCUGAGACCGUUCCUGAACGCGUUGUCGGAGCGGAAUGUGUACGUUUUCAUGGUGUUUGACUGCUGCCACUCUGGGAGGAUUUACCGAGGGUUCGAUCACGGCGAUAGUCCAUUUCAGCCUGUUGGUGAAAGACAGAUAACAUUUGACGACCUCAUGGCAGCGGCCAAGGCAAACGCCAACCCCGACGCCGAGGAGGAUACCGCCCCUAAAUAUCGGGGAAACGACGCCCCGGUCAAGCGCAUUAGUCCGAAGGGCUGGUCCCCCUCAAAGGCCAGUCACUUUGUCCACUUGGCGGCAGCGUCUCACCUGGAGGUGGCGUAUGAAGUGAAAGACAGAGCGGACGGGCUGAAUCACGGUCUCUUAACGAGUUGUAUGCGACGCGUGAUUAAGGAGGUGAAACGACCGGAGGAGCUCACGAUGAAGACUUUGUACAGACUCGUCUUACGCGAGCUGGAGCGAACAAACCGAGCCAAUCAAACGCCACAGCUAGAGGGCGCUGGGAACAUGACGCUCUUUGGGAAAACGCACGUUGACCAGUCACCUACCCAAUGCUACGAAGUGAUGUCCGUCAUCGACGACAGAGUGACCAUAGGCGCUGGUCAGUUACAGCUCCUACACAGUGGACAGUACGAUAUAUUUGCACCAACUACAAACCUGGACGUGGCCACAAAACUUGAGAAAGAGAGCCCGCUCUGGUGCGGACGUGUUGAUAUCAGUGAUUACGAUAUAGACUUGGACACGACUAGGGGAUACGUUAUAGAGCGCUCUGAGCAUAAACCCAUUGAGAGGUCCUGCUUGUGUGUUCUCCACAAGGGUAGCCACCCGCGGUAUCACGUGACCAUCAGAGCAGGAGACGACGAAUCGAAGGAUAUAAAGACGCAUCUAGAGGCGCAGAAACUGUUUAAAAUGCGACCAUAUGAAGACAAGAAAGAGACAAAAACGAACAAAUUUGCAGACCUCAUUGUUAUAACCAAAGAGGACUAUAAGGGCUCACCCCACUGGUUCACCCGGCGUUCUGGCAAGUCAUUAAUUCCUCCCGUCAGCGCUGACGAGACCACGUCAGGAACGGUCCUUGCCGUGAACCUGGCUAAGGUGUGCCGGUACGAGAUGGCGCUGAAGCAGCACCACAGCAACGGCGGUAUGAUGCUGAACGUGCGUUUCCACUGCAAGAGAAUCUCCAGUGUGACCCCGUACCGGGCCGCUGACAAGACGGCUAAGAUUCAGCGAGCUUUGACUGAAGAGCCUGAGCUUUAUCAAGGCGUAUGUGCCGAACCUCCUAGACUGAAGGCCCACAAGGUAGCUUACGAUGCAAAGGGGAAUGUGAAAGAGGUCACACCCGGGUCGGGAGACGCCAUUGUUUUCCAGGUUGAAAACCACGAAGAUUUCCCUAUCCACGUGUGUGUUUUACUCUUUGGCGUGGACGGCUCAAUCAGUGACCCAUUCCUGCCUAACAGAGAGGGAAGAACAAUCGAAAUAGGCCCGGGAAAAACGGACGAAGAAAUCUUCAGACUGUACAUACCGGAAGGCGCUCUGCGCAAUUUUGUCGCCCCGGAUCCCGACCAAGAAGAACCCCAGUGUGGGAGAGAUGUUCUGUUGUUAUUUGCGACAAGAAAGCAGGCCGAUUAUUCCCCGCUUCUACAGGAAGGGGUAACGCUAGAUUACGAGAAAUGCCGAGGAUCGGACCCAGUUCGAGGCUCGCUCAAUCCUCUGGAAAGCUUCGAGAACGCUCUGCUCAGCCGUAACAACCUUGACAGUGCGAUGGGGGAGGAAGGCGGGGUGUGGCUGGUAGAACGCCGGGAUUUCCUCCUAGAGACCCCAAGCACAUAGAGCCAGGAGCCAGUAUUUACACACGCGCGCGCACACACACACACACACACACACACACACACACACAUUAGAGUGAGAGAGAGGAGGGGAGAGAGACCGCGGAAUCCUUCAAAUGAAAUGUCUAAGUUGCUUAAAUCUUUAUUAAAAAGAAGACUUAAUUGGUUUACGUGCGAAUAAAAGACACGUAAGGCGCUUGGUGUGACGGCAGUUGGACUGUUUCAGUUAAAAAUAAUGAUGUUGCUAACACGACCAUAUUUAUGCAUUUGAUAACACCCGCCCUGUGCGCUAUAGGGUCGAAGUCUUUCAUCAUAUGAAUAAACUGACAAUUAAAUAGGGUGGAAAAAGUGUCUGAGAUGUCGAGAAAGGAUGAUUACAUAGAGACAUUUUAACUAUGAUGAUUAUCUAUUUAUUUUUUCUUUACCGAACGUUUCCGAUUGUUUUUAUUUCGUUAUGUUUAUGUAAAGGCAGCUAUUCUGGGCAAAUAUUGCAUUUCAUUUCAAUAUACUAGUUUUAAGCGGACCUUUUUGUUAAAUGUGGUAUUACGAUAGUGUAUUAUUUACACAGAAAAGGAGGAAUUCCAGUGAUCUAUUUAUUUAUUUAUUUAUUUAUUUAUAAAUCGCCGUUUGCGAUUGUCUUGAUUUCGUUAUGUUAAUGUUUUGGCAGCUAUUCUGGGCAAAUGUUGCAUUUCACUUUAUUAUAGCAGUUAAAAGAGGACCUCCUCAUUGAAUGUGGUAUAACGAUGGUGUACUAGUAUUUCAUACACAGAAUAUGCAUGAUAUAAAUGAUGUCAAGGCAGGAUAUACCUCAGUUUUAGAGGAACAUUGGAAUUCGAACCAUGUGUGUACCAGUAUGCAUUAGUGCUACUUAUAUAACUUGUUAUACCUUAAUUGUAUUCCUUAUUCGUUAAAUGUUAAACCUAGUGUUUUGAUCGGGAAUAGAUGCGUUUCCUUGAUGUUUAUGUGCACGUAUCAACUUAGCUUUCAGCUGCCAUGUGUUUUAGUAUUUUUGAAAUCUGCCCCAUCCUCAACCCUCUUUGAUACUCCAGAACUUACAGUGACAGUACACAGAAUCGUUGCAUCUAUUUGCUGGUCAUCUUUGGCUGCAUUCACAAACAAGUUGAUCCGCGGGCUAACUAGACUGCGGAUCAAAUAUGGCGCACGCUUGACAAUGGAUUCCCGCCUCCCACGUGUGCGUUCCAGCGGGGCAGAGCAAUUAAAGCUCGGCACGCCUUCAAGUGGGUCGUGCCACAUUUAUGGAAGCUCACCUCGGAACUUUUGGUGUCAUUCGAAAAUUACUGGCAAUUCUGCUUCUUUCGAACUUUUAAUGAGCUAGCUCUUUGUAGUUAAUUCCCACUGUUCUGUCCUAUUGGCUUAUGCGUUCUACACGAAUGUCAGCCAACUUCGUGCUCUCUUUUCCACUGUUUUAUUUAAACCUGGGUGAUAGAGUAAAAACUCCUGAGAAGGAAAUUGCUAUGUUAAGGUCUAUAACUUGCGUUUUGUUGUGCGUGUUGGUAGAUUUGUUUCUAACGGUUAAAAAGGCUAACCACGUAGCACGAGCACUGCUUAUUAAAUGAAGCCGUCAAAUGACUAGAAAUACCACUUCGGUGAUAAAGGUAUGGUCUGUCUGUAGCGGUUAUAUGAUUAGCGAGAAAAUUAGUAUACCGGUAUGUGUAUCAUAUAUGUAGCUAUAAUUGUACUGGGAUAUGAAGAAAGUACCCAAUGAAAA